AUGAACUCGCUUUAUGAGCUGGACGCCAGGUGGAGGAAGCUUCUGAACCUGGAUAACUUUUUGAAUGGUUUGACCGUCCACGAGUUUGUCGAAGAGAUCAGCAACGAAAACUCGUUGAAGGAUGGAGCUGCACAUACCGGAACAUGGGAACAUUUGAAUCCCAAACCAUAUAUAAGGACGUUUGAAUCGACGGUGAAAGAGCUACAGAAGCUCAACACAGAUGCGGAAAGCAGAAAAGGUCAAUUGGAACAAGGAGUGGCGAAAUAUGAACUAUUGCAUGCUCAAAAAGUUCUGCAACUUAGAAGUAAUCUCGAGACGAUCGUCAAAGACAGCAGUGUUCUAGACAACGAGCUCACAAAUGUUACACAGGUGGUAUCCCCCUUGGGUGAGAAACUCGAGAAAUCGAUCAAACGGAAAAACAUGUACGCCAAGUCCGUUGAGCUAAUCUCGUACUAUUCAGCAUUCCACACCGAUGGAGUCUCCUCAGAGUUGGAGGCACUUAGGACAUCCAAAAACUGGAAAUCCAGGGCUAGAGCCUCAAUUUUGGUGAAAAACUUGCUGAUUCUUACCAGGAAAGUGGAAACGAAAUCAGUGCCAAAAACAAUCGAAACUACGGCUUUAAUCGAGCAGUAUGCCCAAAAGUUAGAAACUGAAUUUCUAACGGAGUUCAACACUGCCUACCGUGAAAACGACUUUGAUCAGUUGACAGAAAUUGCCAUUCUUCUCAACCGCUAUAACAAUGGCUUAAAUGUGAUUCAAAGUUUCGUUAACCAGCACGAAUACUUCAUGGGGGUUGAUCAAGACGAUUUUGCAUUCAACGAGUCUUUUAAGAAUAGUCUGACAGACUUGAACCAUCACGCCAUCUCUUACGAGUCAAGCAUGGUACGCAUUUUGGAUGAAAUAGAAACCCUGGUCAAAAACGAGUCGAAAGUGGUAGGACGGGUUUUCGAAAGCAGAUGUGCAUUUGUAUUACAGUUACUAAUUCAAAAGAUCUUCUUGCAAAAAAUCGAACCGCGUAUCGAAGCACGACUCAAUGCCGCACUAUCGCUUUCUGGCUUGGCUUAUGUUAGGAUGCUACAUGGUCUAUUUUCAUUGCUCAACCAAUUUGUCAAGGAUCUAUCGGAGUUUUUCCAACUAGGAGACAUUGAAGACAGUGCAGAUUUGACUUCUGCUCUUGAGCGCUCUUUUAACGAUCUCUUCUCCAAGACAAUAUACGACAGAACCAAGUACUUUGACCUGGAGAAACGGAGUUUGGAACUUGCAUUAGCUCAAAAGACCUCGAAAUUUUGUUUGGCUCAUGAAAAGGAAAUUUACGCAAGAGCCUUGAGCACAAAACUCAUGAAUGGCUCUUCGUUCGCUAAUGACAUUGCAUUCCAAGAAUCGGGCCCAACUUCGAGCGGCAAGCUUUCACAGAUUAACAACUUUUUGAAAAGCCAUUUGGAGCGAGAGAAGAGGAAACUCAAUGGUGCAGACAAUUUGUUGACCUCUGACUACAUAGGAAGGACGUCGAAUAGCUUUGACGGAGUCCCAACCAGUCAAGAAUUUUCCUUACAGAGUAUAGACGGUAUGCUGAAGUGCGCUAUCGAAUCUGUGGCACGCAUAAUGGAACUGGUUCCUAGUAAAGCAAAUGAGUACACUUACGAAAUCGUCGAAGUGUUGUUGGUGGGGACAGUUAACUCAUACGUGGAGUGCGGGUUGGAGGUAUCAUUUUCACAAAUGACAGAACAGGACCUACCCAAAAAUCCAGAGCUGAAUUUGUCAUAUCUCAACUACAUCUCAAGGGCUUCCGAGAUGCUGAGUCUUAUAUCUGCUACGAUAAAGACUGUGGUGUUACCACUGUUUGUCAAUGCACCAGAGGUUAAAAAAGCGGUCAUAAUGAUAUCAAAUCACCAUCUCAAAAGGUGUGAACUGCUUAUGAACAUUGUUAUAGACGAGACUGUACUUGCGUUCGCACAGAGAUUCUUGGGGUCGUUAGCUAAACAGAAAAAACGAGAUUUUCUGCCCAAAACACAGGACAUACUCGACCACGAUACACUUCCUGCCUCUGAGAUAGUAAGAGAUCUCAACACACUAUUUUCACAGGUUCGUUUGUACUUGAAGAACGAAAAUUUGCAAAGUUUUCUACAGCAAAUCGGUAGCAGUCUUUCGCGCCUACUUUUCGAUCAUUACAAAAAGUUUCAGGUGAGUUCCGUGGGGGGCAUUAUUCUCACAAAAGAUAUCAUCGGUAUUCAAACAGCUGUGGAGGAAUGGUCGGUUGGUGGACUUAUUGAUGACUUUGCGACAUUGAGAGAGCUGGCAAAUCUUUUCACAGUGCAACCCGAGGAAUUGAAUUCCCUGACGGAUGAGGGCCAUCUAGCAACGCUAGAUCGAAGGAUCAUUUCUGCUUAUGUGGAAAAACGGGAUGAUCUCAAUCAAAACAGCUUUGUGAGCAAAAUAGGCCUUUCUUAA